UGUUGGAUGCUGGUCGAGGGAAUUUAUCUCUAUCUGUUUGUUGUAAAGGUGUAUAACAUCAACACCAAGAUGCACAUGUAUCACGUCAUGUCAUGGGGUUUUAAACCUGAAUAUACCGUGAGAGUGGUUCAUUUUCUUACUUUCCAUGUCUAUCGGUGCCGUUAUUUGUUCACUUUGCUUGUCUAUCUGCAGAUUAGAGAGCGAUUCAAAAGGAAGGUGACCAGGGUUUUCCCAUCUACAAACAAUGGAAACUCCGCAAAGAGGAGCUCACAGGUUAAUCCAACUGAUGUUGGUGAUACGUGGGUAGCUGAAUUGCAGUCUUUCAAUGAGUUUGAGGAGGAAAAACACUCAGCUUGAAGAACUAGAUUCAACACUGACCAAGCUUGAAACUCCAUCAUUUGAUUGCUUAAUGUAAUAGUUAGUCAGUAGUAGUUGCUCAUUUUAGAUCUUUCGGGAGGAUUUCGGCCGUUCAAAUCGAGCCUUUAGCUUGGUGAAUAAGUCAUUUGUAAGGUGUCAGUUACUGCGAUGAUUGGGUAAUUUGCUAAAGUCAGUAGCCUUUAACGUUUUUUAAGCUAGAUGCAAGAGCUUUUCAAGCUUUUUUUUCUUUAAAUUAAGAGUAAGUACUUCAUACGUAAUUAGGGAAAGUUUGCUUUAGCUGCAAACUAAAUUGCUUUAAAGUAACUAACCUAUAGGUUGACCGUCGAUUGCUGUUAGAAUUAAA